AUGGCGGACAGUCUAGCACGGAGUUCUCCAGUAGUCGAUGUUGUUGAAGAAGUGGAUUUCCUUUCUACCAUACACGUAGGCGAUUUCGUAGGGUUAUGUACAAGUGUACUAGAAGAAGACGAUGUGUCUUUAGAAAAGAAGAAGGUAUCGAAUGAAGAUUUGGCCAUGGCAAUGGGAACGGAAACAGAAACAGUGAAUGAACUUGCCAGAGUUUGCCACCUGGACUCUCUGUAUUGCGCCAGUGAAGACAAACUGGUUGUACCAAUCAAGAUGGUCAAUAUCACGGAAAAUAUACCGGAAGGUGGGGAGGGAUUGUACACACUAGUAUCACGAAAACACAUGUUGGAGAGGAGAUCCAGAAUACAAAGGAAAUACAACCCUUAUAGCUGGGAUUUAGAACAUCAACACAUGUCCAACAUACCUGAUGAGCAGAGUAUACUGAAACAGCCAGAGGCGGUACUUUCCCUUGUCACAUUUCAUCCUGUCAUUAAGAAUUCUAGGGUAGUUAUAAACACUGAAAUUCUUGUGCUUGGACCCCAGUAUUUGACAGAACUACGUGAUAAAAUAUUAUGUGUAUCUGAUCUUUCUGUGGCGGGUGAAUUUAGUGAGACGCCAAUGUUAGCCCAAGAUAACCGAGCAAAAGAUGUCUUUAAGUCAUCCUUUUUCUUCAUUGAGAAUGUUUUUUAUAAUGAUAUGAGAGAUGAGACUUGUACAGACUUAUCGGAACCAAUUAGAGAUUGGCUUAAUGAUAGAGGUUUUUCUGGACCAAAGUAUUCCAUCAAGAAGAUGGAAGAAUGCACGUUUAAUGACAUAGAUAUCAAAAUUGGUAAGCCUUAUGUGUACUGCCAUCAGGGUGACUGUGAACAUGUCAUAGUCUUUGCUGAUUUAAGAUUGCUCCAUCCUGACGAUUGUCAUGACAUUUCCCAGUAUCCUUUGGUGAUUAGAAAGUUACACCAAAAACGACUGCUAUGCCGGGUUUGCCAAUUGUUCACUUCAAAGUGGAUGACCACAGAAGACAGACUUGCUCCUGAAGAUCCAUGUUUUUUCUGUGAUAAAUGUUUCCACAUGCUGCACUAUGAUAAAGACGGCCAUAAAUUAGGUGACUUUUUGGCACACCCAUUCGUGGACAAAGGAGUGUUUAGUUGAUGUGGUAUUUUAUUCAUGUACUACCAAGAUAUGCAUGGCAUGGUGUGUGGAACUGAAAUGAUGCCUUGCCAUUAUUGCUCACAUGAACGUUCUGCCAUUACAUGAACUUGCUGGCGAGUAUGUCAUUAUGUCAGAUUAACAUCAGUGACAAGUUGUUUUUGUUGCAACCAAUUCUACUGAGGGAGCGCUGAAACUGAUAAAUGUUAUCAUAAAUCUAUCUGAUGUGAGUUCAAACCCGG